GCCCCGCUGCAACCGCCCCUCUCCCUCCUCCUCCCGCGGCGCUGCGGAGUGCGGAGCCCCUCCCCUACCCUCUCCUCUCCUCUCCAAGGGCAGUAGUGGCGGCGAGGCCCUGACAUCCCACGACGCCUCGCUGAGGAGGAGGAGGAGGAGGAGGGGGACCAACUAGUUGGGUGUUGCUGCGAGGGGAGUUCUCGAGAUCUUGGUUUUUCACGGAGAUCAAGUUUCAUGAUUCAUCUUGACGGUGUUGCUACUGGAAGCUGCUAUUCUUCAUGGAUGCCCUCACGAGUGAUGUGAAGAAGGCUGCUCUUGUCAAUGAGACUAGACCGCCACUAGUUCCAUCUGAGAAGCAUAAUGCAUCUCCAAUAAACCGUGGAAGAGAUGUUGCUUCUAGGUACAAGAAUGGUCUAUCUACUCAUUCUGCUGCCGCCACAGCAAGGAGAUGCACAUCUCCAAGUCCUGGGCAGACCUCUGCAACUGAAGGCACAACAGAACAAAAAAGAACUCAAUCAGCAGACAGAAGAAGGCCGUCAACACCUUCAAGGCCUUCUUCUAGAGUAUCAACACCCUUCACCCCUGCAUCAAGGUCUGUCACACCAGUUCGUAGUACUGUUACAGAGGGACAAAAGAAUUCUAGGUGUAUAACAAGUACAAGGAAUCCUGAUGGCUUGUGGCCAGCAAUGCGAAACCUAUCUUCCUCCUUCCAGUCAGAAUCUAUGGUGACCUCCGGUAAUAAAAAGGAUAAAGUAGUCUCCAGCGGAUCUUUGGAUCGAGCAAAAGGGCAAACUAGUGUUUUAGCCGAGAGGAAGAGGAGUCCGCUGCGAAGGAAGAACAUUGCUGAACAUUGUGAGAAUGCUCAACCUUCAGAGGACUUGCCUAGGAGGGUAAUGGAACAACAGCGUUGGCCAGCCAUGCUUACUGACCGUGUGACCAGCAAUAUUUUGUCAAAAAGUAUUGACAUUUCUGACAAAGCUAGCAGAUCAGUCCCUUUAACUACUAUUUCUAGAGGUCUUUCACCAAGGAAGAUGCCUGAUUCUGAAGGCAUGGGCAAAGGGUUUAAUAAAUCAUUGGAUGAGGUAGCAAGGAGAUUGGCUAUUCAUGCAGGUUUAAGUGAUGCCAAAUUAGACUCUGGCUGUGAUGGUGAUUCACAGUCAACACAGAGAUGCAAAUCUGUUAACCGUCCAAGUAGGGCAGUUACUUUACCUGUUCCUGUUCUUCAUCACUCAUCUGCACCAAGCAAGGACUUGUCAGUUACCUCCUCUAUUUCUAGGUCCUUUCAGAGCCCAUCUCGGAGAAGGCCUUCGACACCUAGCCGAUCACAAAGUGCUGGAAGUAUUCAAUCAGGUGUUUCUUCUCCUAUUAUUAGCUACAUGGUUGAUGCAAAAAAGGGAAAGAAGAAUUCCAGCCAAAUUGACAAUAUCCACCAACUGCGCCUGUUUUAUAAUAGGCACUUGCAAUGGAUCUUUGUAAAUGCUUGUGCAGAAGAUAAUAUUUCUUUCCAAAAGGCAACAGCUGAGAGUGUUAUCUAUAAUGUUUGGAGGAAUACUUUGAACUUGAGGGAUGCUGUUAGUAUGAGAAGAAUCAUGUUGCAAUGCUUAGAGCAAGAGUUGAAGCUCGAUGGCAUUCUUAAAGGGCAGAUUGAUUACCUUGAACAAUGGCCAGCACUUGAAAAGGAAAACAAUAUUUCAUUAUUUCGUGCAACUGAAGCUCUAAAAGCGAGCACAUUGCGUCUUCCAGUUACAUCAGGAGCAAAGGCUGAUGUAGUUGCUCUGAAGAAUGCUGUAAGCUCCGCUGUUGAUGUCAUGCAAGGUUUGGGUUCAGCAGUUUGUUGUAUGCUUCCAAAGGUUGAGGACAGGACAUAUUUGGUAUCAGAACUUUCAGUUAUAGCAGGACAAGAAAAUGUCAUGCUUGAUGAAUGCAGAGAACUCUUGGCUAUGGCAGCAAAACUUCAGGUACAGGAGUCCAGCCUGCGGACACAUCUCACACAACUGAAGCCUGUGCCUGGUCAUAUGAAUUGACGAUCUGAGUAUGUAAAAGUCCCAGACCAACCUUCUGAACAGGUACGACUCUGCAAGUUGACCGCGGCAAUCUGAACAUAUUGUGCAAACAAGCAAGGAGUCUGCAGAGAUGAAAUAAUAGGCCAAACAAAUGUUAAUACAUCCCCUGGUGAUCAUGGUGUGAUGCUGUGCAGCUCACAAUUCAUGGUGCGUAGAGAGAUAGAUUUACUUAGAAUGACUCAUGUGUAAAUGGUUCUCACCAUAUAGACAACUAUCCAGGUCCCACCCACCUCUCUUUAGGUUUUAAAAUUUAAAUUUAGUUAUUACAUUUUUCAAUGAUAGAGCUUUGUUCUUGACUUCUUUCCAACUGUAACUUUUUGGCAUCUGGAAAGAAAAUACAGAUAUGAAAUGAAAGGGCUAAAGUAAUGAAAAAUAUAUUU